AUGGCAGCAUUUCUUCCAGACCUUUGCCUUAAAUCAAUAUUCAAAGAAUUGGAAGAUGAUUUAAAGUCACAAUAUGUCUUCAUCUUGAUUAAUCGUCAUUGGUGUCUUUCGAUGAUCUCAGAAUUAUGGCGAAAUCCUUUUGAUUCUUGUAAUAAAAAAGAUCAAAAUAUAAAAAUAAUAGAUACUUAUCUUAAAUGCUUACCUCAAGAUAUGCGAAAUGAAAUUGGUGUUGAAUCAAUUAUCUCUUUAAAAGCUGCAACUUUUGACUACCCAAGUUUUUUACGGUAUAUCAAUGAUUCAAUUAUUUCUUACAGCGCUAGAUGUUGGGCUACAGAAAAAUUUCCUGACUAUGAGAGUCAAUCGAAUGUAUCUCACAAAAUACAAGAGUUGUUAUGUCGACUUUUUGUAUCUUCCUCACCUACAAUAAAAGGAAUUACUAUUGAUUGUGAACAUAGCAUAAAUGUCUUUGCUCUUCCUGGCGCCAAGAAAAGCCUAUCACAACUUGAAAUAUUCAACUGUAGAACAUAUAGAAAUGUUGGAUGUUUACCGGAAAUUUUAGAAUCUGCUUUGGAAAUUUCUAAAAAAGUUCAAAAUUUAGACAUUUGGUUAAGCACAGAUGAAAUUAUGGGUUCCACGAUCGAUAAUAUGUCAAAAUUCAUUGAAAGCCAACGCAAUUUAAAAGUUAUUUUGAUCGGAUCAUCAGAAGAUGAUUUUCCGAUUCUUUGGCAGAGUACAUUAAUGCAUGUAGAUACCUUAGUACAUAUUCAAAUCAGUUCAAUUAUAUUUAAUCCAUCUCCUUUCCAACUUUAUGAUCUGGCUUUGUUUAAGAAUCUGGAAAUAUUAGAAAUAGAAUAUUGUGAUAAUUUCAUCUUUACUUAUUAUGAUAAAAUGAAUUCAUUUGCAUUUCAAAGAAUGAAACGAAUCUCAUUAAAGACUU